AUGGGGAAGUUCAAUUUCCUUCUUUUGGCGAGCUUAGCCGGCAAACUGGUGGCCGCCAAAGAUGUUUUCCUGGAUUGGAACAUCACCUGGGUCAAUGCCUCUCCCGAUGGGUUUGAGAGACCUGUCAUCGGUAUCAAUGGCCAAUGGCCCUGCCCUCAGAUUGAUGUGGACCUCGGUGAUCGUCUGAUCGUCGACGUGUACAAUGGUCUGGGCAAUCAGUCCACCGGCAUCCAUUGGCAUGGCUUCCACCAGUAUGCCACCGGUGUUAUGGAUGGUUCUAGUGGUGUCACCCAGUGUCCUCUGCCCCCAGGCUCGCACAUGCAGUAUCACUUCGAUAUCAACCAAACUGGAACUUACUGGUAUCACUCUCACAACAUGGCUCAGUAUCCCGAUGGCUUCCGCGGCCCUCUGAUCGUUCACGACCCCAAAGUGCCUUUCCACUUUGAUGAUGAGUUCACUAUCACGUUGACCGAUUGGUACCACCGCCAGAUGCCCGACCUGCUCAAUGAAUACGAGUCAGAGCAGAAUGAGGCCGCCGGUGGCCUGGAGCCCGUUCCCAACUCUGCUUUGAUCAAUGAUGCCAGUGACACCAAGAUCAAGGUGCUGCCCAACAAGACCUAUUUGGUGCAUGUUAUUUGUACCGGUAACUGGCCUGGUCACGCUUGGGUCUUCGAUGGCCACGAGAUGACGGUCGUGGAAGUCGAUGGAAUUUACACCGAGCCUACCCCUGUUGGAGACAAGCUGCUUCGUAUUGCCACCGGACAGCGAGUGUCUGUCUUGAUACACACCAAGCCCGAUGCGAGUCAGAACUUCGCCAUUUGGGAUACCAUGGACAUUAACAUGAUGUUCAUCUUUGAGGGUCGUGACAUUCCCGCGGGAUACAAUCCCAACGCCACUGCUUGGCUUGUCUACGACGAUGCGAAACCCCUGCCCCCGCCCCCGGUGAUCUAUGAUCUUACUCCCGAUCGCUUCAUUGAUGACGUCUCUUUGGUCCCUCUGGACAAGGAGCCCCUGCUUGAGCCCGUUCAGCACCAGAUCAUCAUCGACACCUAUUCCACAGAGAUUGAUGGAAUCAAGCGCUUCACUGUGAACAACAAGACCUAUAUCCCCCAGAAAGUUCCCACUCUAUACACCGCAAACACGAUUGGGGCCGAGUUCUCUUCGAACCCCGAGGUGUACGGCCAGGUCAAUCCGUUUGUUGUUAAGUACGGAGAGAUAGUCGAAAUUGUGAUCAACAACCACCACAACAACCUGCACCCUUGGCAUUUGCACGGUCACCAGUUCCAGGUCCUGCAGAGAACCGAAGUCGACGGUGGCUACUUCACUGGUCUAUAUAAGAAUGUUUCCCAUACUCCCAUCAGGCGCGAUACCAUCAUGGUUCAAAACCACGGACACGUUGUCAUGCGUUUCCGUGCAGACAACCCCGGUGUCUGGCUGCUGCACUGCCACGUCGAAUGGCACGUUGAGGCUGGCCUAAUGGCCACCAUCAUCGAGGCUCCUGAGACUUUCCCUCAGUCCGAACAUGCCCCUCCUCAGAGCCACUAUGACGCCUGCGCUGCCUACCCUGAUCCUUCCUACGGUAACGCCGCUGGCAAGGAGGGCCUUGAUUUGACCGGUGCCAACACUAAUGUUUCCUCUGAGAACUACGGUGCUAUGUACCCGCCAGGAAAGUCCAGCGAGGCCUCUGCACCGUCGGCUCAGGAGCCCCAGUCGACUACAUCAGCCCCGUCUGCUCCAGCUCCUACUCAGCAGACGCCUCCGCCGCCGGCUCAGGAGCCCCAGUCGACUACAUCAGCCCCGUCUGCUCCAGCACCUACUCAGCAGGCACCUCCGCCUCGCCCGACCCUUCAGCAGGCCUCGGCUCCCAAGCCUGUUGUCGGACAAGCUCCUGCUCCUGAGUCUCAGGCUGCACCCAAGCCCUCUGCUCAGCCUGUCGAAGCUGUUCAGCCUUCCAUCUACGCUUCUCAGAUUGAGUCCAACGGAUCUUGGCCCCAGCCUCAAACCGGCCACAACCACGCUCAGGUCGGCGAUGGCUCCGAUGGCCCGGCUGAUAUUGCCGACACCCAGGAUACUAAGGGUGUCUGGCCCAGCGCCGGUACCGACAAGUCCUACGCACAAGUCGGCGGCAAACCUGGUGAGGAGCCCAUUGAGGUUGCCAACAUUGACACGAAGGGCUUAUGGCCUUCUUCUCAAAGCAACGAUCAGUACAUCAAGGAGGGCGGUCAGACCUACCACCAGCACGACGAUGGGCCCAAUGAUCUUCCCAAUGGCUACGAGUACUGGCAGCAGUAUGAGUGA